CCACUUGAUCAGUUUCCCAGUCAUUGAAUUGGCCGAAUAGGUCGUCAGAGGUUCAUAUAGGAAGCCUGUCAAAAUGUGAACUUCACUGAAUUUGGAGCUGGCUUAGUAGCCUGAAGUAUCAGAGAUUAAUUAUUUGGAAAUGCCGUUCAAAGUCGUGUAGUUAGAAUCUCUCCGUGGGUUCUCCUAAAGGUGUUUUCCUAGGAACAGCCGUGCUGUACAUGAUUUGGAUACAGCACCAUGAACCAAGAAAAGCUGGCCAAGCUUCAGGCACAGGUCCGAAUAGGAGGAAAGGGAACAGCUCGCAGAAAGAAGAAGGUGGUGCACAGAACAGCUACAGCUGAUGAUAAAAAACUUCAGAGUUCUCUCAAAAAACUGGCAGUGAAUAAUAUUGCUGGCAUCGAAGAGGUGAACAUGAUAAAAGAUGAUGGAACAGUCAUUCACUUCAACAACCCCAAGGUUCAAGCUUCCCUCUCUGCUAACACUUUUGCAAUCACUGGUCACGCAGAGGCUAAACCGAUCACAGAAAUGCUUCCAGGCAUCUUAAGCCAGCUUGGUGCUGACAGCUUAACAAGUCUCAGGAAGUUAGCUGAACAAUUCCCAAGACAAGUGUUGGAUAGUAAGGCACCGAAAUCUGAAGAUAUUGAUGAAGAAGAUGAUGACGUCCCAGAUCUCGUAGAAAACUUUGAUGAAGCAUCAAAGAAUGAAGCUAACUAAAACAUUGAUAGUUCUGGAAGCUGGCAUGGACUAGAUUUAAGAAAUCAGCUAUGUGGUUCCAAAGUUCUAAAGAAACAGUGAACAUCAUCUGUUAAUAGUUCAGUAAUAUAAAUAUUUUGUAUUUUUAUGAUGCUGUUUGUUCAGCAUUUUCUGUCAGUUGAUUUUGCAUUUUGCACUUACUCCCAGGAUCUACUCUUUUGGUCAAAAAGAAACGUCAGUACAGUUUGAGGGGUGUGUGCAUGUGCGUGUGUGUAUGUGUGGAUGUACAUAUAGUGGAGAACUAAUUGGAGGACACUUUUAACCUUUCCUCUUUUACUUUGGAAGUAGAAAGGAUGCCAAUCUUCAGCAUUAUUACUUCAGUUGUCACCAAAUAGUGCACAGAAGGGAUUUGAAAUUAAAACUUUGUCCACAUUCUGUGACCUGAAGUCAUAACCUGGGUUGAAUUUGCUGUUCACAGUUGUGCUUGGGGAUGUUUUUCAUACACACAGUAAUGGUUUUCAGUCUUGUGCUGAUCCCAGCUGGCAGUGGAGGUGAGUUGCUUCACUAGCUCACUUGGUACAGUAACUUGUUAAAAAACAAAACUUGGUCUUGGAAAAGGGUGCUUUUUUUUUUUAAACUUUUCUCUAUUUUUUUUCUAGUCUCUAUAAACUUUUGAGAUGAGCUAAUGUUUGACUCUUUCCAUGUAGGCUUAGGAGUAUGUUCUCCUGUUGAUUAUGUGGAGUAUUUCCCAUCUCCAAAGGAAAACAAACACUUUGGUUCUCUACCAUCAUGUCACUUCCUGAACUUGGAGGUCUUGGUAACGGUCCAGUGCAUCACUUUUGCACAGUAACAGAUUUUUGCUUGAAUAACUUCAAGCUGUUCUCUUGGCAUGACUGCAUUUACUAGCAGCUGAUGAUCCCCUGUCAUUCUUGAGGCACUAGGAAUUAAAUGAACGGUGGGAGCAACAUUGAAGGUGGGAGGAAAAGAGUUGUUGACAUUUUGCCUUGCAUCCUGCUGGGCAGUUUGAGCAAUGACUGGCUCUAAAGGGACAUUUUUUUUUUGCCUGUAACUUAUCUUUGCCUGUAACCUACCUCUAGGUUUGGUGCCACCUGCGUAGUAGCUUCUUAAAACCCACAAAUGCUCCUUGGGCGUAAGGAGGACGUUGGGAGGUACUGUUGGUACAGUGCAGUAUUUAUGACCUUUAAAAUGCUUAAUGUGAACCUGUUUUCUCAGAGGCUCUUUCAAGGUUCUUGAUGUAAUGCAUAUUAUGGUGUAGUUAGACAUCCUUGUAACCUGUGUUAAGGGCAGCUGUGACUUAAAGCCUUUUUUCUCUACAUCUGUCACUUCACUAUGGCUUAAUUGGAACAUAUCAGCUUUUUAUGUAGAUUCCUAUGCUAGAGAACUGUAAAAAUACAAGGCAAACAGUACCUGAGUUUUGGUGAUAUCAUCAUGGAACCACAAAAGCAGAGCUGUAGUGGUUCAUCACCUGAACUCCUGCAUUUGUUUUAUAGGCUUUGUUCAGUUUUCCUGUUAUUUUCUAUACCACAUGGACCUUACUACCAAAUAAAAUACCAGUACAAAAGAGGAA